GCAUGACGAGAGCUGAUGCAUCAGCGACAAGUUUUCAGCUUCAGAUCUAAGCAAAUGGUUGGUAGUGUAAAGACUACAGAUGCUAAAUCAAAAACAAAGUUGACCCUUCUACCAUUAAUUGCUCUUAUCUUCUAUGAAGUCUCUGGAGGACCCUUCGGGGUUGAAGAUUCCGUUAGGGCCGGAGGUCCCCUUCUAUCCUUGCUUGGUUUCUUAGUUUUUCCACUGUUCUGGAGCAUUCCGGAAGCUUUAAUUACCGCUGAGCUUGCAACCAGCUUCCCUGAAAAUGGUGGAUAUGUUCUUUGGGUAUCUGCAGCUUUUGGACCCUUCUGGGGUUUCCAAGAAGGUUUCUGGAAGUGGUUCAGUGGGGUCAUGGACAAUGCGCUUUACCCUGUUUUGUUUCUGGAUUACUUGAAACACUCUUUUCCAAUCUUCAAUCGGUUGAUUGCUCGAAUACCUACUCUCUUGGGAAUUACUGUUUCUUUGACAUAUUUGAAUUACAGAGGUCUGCACAUCGUUGGGUUUUCUGCUGUCGCCCUUGCCAUCUUUUCCCUUCUCCCCUUCUUAGUUAUGGGUCUUCUCUCCCUUCCCAAAAUAAGACCUAAACAGUGGUUAGUCAUAGAUUUAGGAAAGGUGGAUUGGAGGGGAUACUUUAAUAGCUUGUUUUGGAAUUUGAAUUACUGGGAUAAAGCUAGUACCUUGGCGGGAGAGGUUGAGAACCCGAGCCGCACUUUCCCCAAGGCACUGCUGGGAGCUGUGGUUUUGGUUGUUGCUUCAUACUUGAUUCCCCUUCUUGCGGGUACAGGAGCUUUGGAUUCUUCCCCGAGUGAAUGGAGCGAUGGAUACUUUGCAGAGGUGGGGAUGCUGAUAGGUGGGUUGUGGCUCAAGUGGUGGAUCCAAGCAGCAGCUGCAAUGUCUAACAUGGGGUUGUUUGAGGCUGAGAUGAGUAGUGAUGCCUUCCAGCUUCUUGGGAUGAGUGAGAUGGGGAUGCUUCCUGGUUUUUUCGCUUCAAGAUCAAAAUAUGGGACCCCCACUAUUAGCAUCCUGUGCUCAGCAACUGGGGUUGUGUUCUUGUCAUGGAUGAGCUUCCAGGAGAUCGUGGAAUUUCUUAAUUUUCUCUAUUCUAUAGGAAUGCUUCUCGAAUUUGCAGCUUUCAUCAGGCUGAGAAUAAAGAAACCAGAUCUUCAACGACCAUACAAGGUUCCCUUAAAAACAUUUGGGGUGACAAUUCUUUGCCUGCCACCUUCAUUGUUGCUUGUUCUUGUCAUGUGUCUAGCUUCAGUUAAGACUUUUUUAGUAAGUGGCAGUGUAAUCAUACUUGGGGUGUUCCUGUACCCUAUUAUAGAACAUUUGAGGGAGAAGAGGUGGGCCCAUUUUGACACAUUACCAGCAGUACCUAAAGAUAAUGUUCAGGAUGCAGUUCCUGUUUUGUCCCAACCACAUCAAGAGUAUGUGGAUGAGUCUUCAAUAAGUCUUUUAUCAGAACUUCCAUCAACUAAUAGGGGACAACAAUCUUCUGAAAUUUUGCUGGAGGAGGUUUUAAAAUUGGAAUAGAAAAAGUAUUUUUAUUCCUGUGCUAGUCAGAUAAAUGUACUAAUACAUUGUAAUUUUUCUUUUCAGAAUUGUAUGGUUAUAUCUUGUAAGGAAAUAUGUUUUCUGU